GUUAUUCAAAGUAUGCUCAAGGUAAUAAUCUCUCAAGACGUGGCAGUAUGAACAUCAAGACAAAAGUUUUAAUAAUUGGAGCCGGUGCGUCCGGAAUAUCAGCUGGCUGUCAAUACAACAAAGUAUAUGAAAAAAACAAAUAUACCAAUGAAAAAAGAGCUAAAGAGUAUUUGGGAUGGAUGGAACGUUUCGAUGACAGUAUACAAGGAAGCGAUACAUGGUACGACGUAUCAACGCAUGGUAUUCUUGAAUACUGGAUAUGUGAAGGCGAUUUGCUGUUGAACUGGAAGACAAGUGGAUUCCAAACAAUACUGCAGUUGAUGAUGAAUGACAGUAAAGUUAACUCGGAUGUGAAAAUAGAAGACAAAAUAAAACUAUCUCAAGAAGUUGAAAACAUAAAUUACACGAACCCAAAUGAAAUAAUCGUAACGACUGCUGAUGGUAACAAUUACACGGCAUCAAAUGUAAUUAUAACGACGUCGUUGGGUGUUUUGAAAAAUUAUCACAAGAAAUUAUUCAACCCUUCAUUAUCUUUAGCAAAACAACAAACUAUUGAAGGAUUAAACUUUGGAUCGGAAAAUGAAUGGUUACUUGAUGUCUUUGAAUUUAUGACUAUUGACUACCAACCGAGGGUACUCUGCGGCUGGAUAAUUGGAGAAAGUUCUCGUUAUAUUGAAAAAUUAAGCGAUAAGUACGUCGAAGAUCAUUUAUAUGAAUUGUUGAAGAAAUUUUUGGGAAAUUCUUAUAAUAUACCACGUCCAACUAAAAUUUUAAGGUCGCAAUGGUCAACGGAUAAACAUAUACACGGUUGUUAUUCAUUCCGUAGUUUAAAAUCGGAAGAAUUAAACGCUACUGCUAGUAAAUUAGCAGAACCUAUUCUUGCGAAGAAUGGAAACCCUAUAAUCAUGUUUGCCGGAGAAGCAACACAUGAUCACUACUACUCAACAGUUCACGGUGCAAUUGAAGCUGGGGAACGUGAAGCUAAGCGUUUGAUCAAUUUUUACCGGCAAACGACUUCACGCUUG